GUUGAAUUAAAUUAAUAUUUGUGAACUUGGCAUAAUCAAUUACUCACUUACAGGGCCUAUUUAUGCCAUUAAUGGGACUGACUUAUUUUAUUAUUUUGUAGUAGGGCCCUUGGUCACACACUCUCUAUAAGACUCUAGUUGGCCCAUUGGACUGGAGGACCAACUCUCUUUAUAAGCCCAAUGACUUAUCCAUAUUUUUCCUAGUAUAAUUAUAUUAUCAAAUUAUUAUUAUUUUAUGUGUGUCAAAAUUAAUGGAUAAGUCUGACUUGCAGAGACUAUUUAAAGGUCUAGGGCAAGCAAACAAUUGAUGCCAUACGGUAUUUUGAUAUUAGGGUUUUCAGAGAUCUGAGAGUGGUUUGAGAGUAGUGUGUCCAUAGGCACUACUUUACAUUAUUUUCUAUUUUGCAGGAUUAAAGAUCUAAUUUAUCAAUGGCUGCGUUUGGAGCUAGUAGCACCCCAAAUCUUAUGCCUAUGACUGCCAUGAUGAAAUUGGAUGGGACAAAUUAUCAGAAAUGGAAGAAAACCUUAGUUAUGAAUUUGACCUUCAUGAAAUUGGAUUUGGCUUUGGAGAUAGAUCCACCAGAGAUUCCGACUGAUGAAAGUACUGUAGCAGCUAAGAAACUUUAUGAGGAUUGGAAGCACUCUAAUAAGUGUUGUAUGAUGAUGAUGGAGAAUUACAUGGAUGAGGCCAUAUAUGCUAGUAUUCCUAAAGUGGAUACUGCAAAGGGACUUCUUGAGGAGAUAGGAAAAAAGUUUAUCAAGUUUGAUAUGAAUGAGAAGCAUCAUUAUUUGGACCUAUUGAACAAUACCAAGUAUGAUGGUAUUAAAGGAGUAAGGGACCAUAUUAUGCUACUUUCCUCCUAUUAUAAUAAGCUGAAGGAUCUUAAGAUGGACAUUGGAGAGGAGUUCUUGACCUAUUCUAUAAUGAGGAGUCUUCCAUCACAGUUUAAUAAUAUAAGGUCGAGUUUGAAUACUAAGAAAGAAGGUUGUAGUUUGGAGGAAUUGACUACUAUCCUUGUCAAGGAAGAGGAUGAUAUUAAAUUAAGUAAGUCUAGGUCUGUUGCUAUGGUUUCACAUCAGGUAGAUAAGUCCAAGAAGUUUUUCCAAAAGAAGGGACAUGGAUUCAAGCCAGGACAAGGUUUCAAGCCUGGGCAGGGUUUUAACCCCAAUAGGAAGAAGUUUUCUGGUAUGAAGCCUAAAGGACCUAGGGAUGGUGGUUUUCAGAUUAGACAAAGGAAAGAGUACUUCAAUGGAAGGUGUGGAUACUGCAAUAAAGUUGGGCACAAGAAGAUAGACUGUUGGACCUUAAAGGGAAAGCAAGAGAAGAAAGGGGAUGAUAAGCCGAAGGGGCCCAACCAAUCUUGAACAGCAUGUUUAUAUGGGAGAUAGCUCAAGAGUGAAGGUGGACAUUGUGGGAACAAUCAAGUUGAAGCUUUCCACUGGAUAUGCUUUGGAGUUGUAAGAAGUUUCUUAUGUACCUUCAAUAAGAAGAAACUUGUUAUCUAUUUCUGUUUUGGAUAGUCAAGGUUAUAGUUUUUUGUUUGGAAAUAACAAAGUUGAAUUAUUUAAGGAUGGUAAAGUUGUUGGUUUUGGAACUUUAUGUGGCAAUUUAUAUAAGCUUGAUUUAUUUAAUAAUGGUCUCAAUUUCUCUGUUAAUUCUAUUGUUGCUUCCAAACGCCCAAGAGUUAAUGACAAUUCCUCAAUGUUAUGGCAUAAACGUUUGGGACAUAUUUCUAGGCACAG